UUACGAUUCAAAUCUCUAAUGAGAAAUUAAAAGAGCAAAUGAUCUCUCUUUGAUUUUGAAACGAAGUUUGUUCUUAACUAUAAGCUAUAUUCGAUUUUUUUUUUGUUUUGAAAUUUUAUUUAGUAUUCUAAAUGGCUGGAGUUUGCUGUGGAGUUAUUGCGGAGAUUGAAUCAGCAGCUGCGGUUGAACAAACCGCGAGAUCUUCCCGUCGCCGGAGAAUGGAUCUGCGGCCGUGUAAGUUAGUCACCGACGCCUCCGUUUUACCGCCGUUGGAAAACGGUAGAAAAUGUCAGAAACUGGAUUUGGAUCUCGUACUCCAAGUUUCUCGAGACUUUGAUAACGCGAUUGAGAACUCGGAAUCUAUACACCUUAACGAAUAUCGCGAAAUUAAUGACGGUUUUAAUUCUAACGGAACAGUGGAGUUGGAGACUGAAACGGAACAGCCGAAGUACGGUUUGACUUCCGUUUGCGGAAGGCGACGCGAUAUGGAAGACGCCGUUUCGAUUCAUCCGUCGUUUUGUAAACUAAGCUUUGAAGCUGAAAUUUCGUCCGAUAUUCACUUUUUCGGCGUGUUUGACGGCCAUGGCUGCUCUCAUGUUGCGGUGAAGUGUAGAGAUCGGUUUCAUGAGAUAGUUAAAGAAGAAAUUGAAGCCUGUCGCGGCGGAAAGACGGUGGACUGGAAGCUAACGAUGGAACGAAGCUUUGAGAGGAUGGAUAAGGAAGUUCAAGAAUCGGCGGUUGAAGUAAAAGAGAAUUCAAAUUGCCGAUGCGAACUCCAAACUCCACAGUGCGACGCCGUCGGAUCCACCGCCGUGGUUGCUAUUGUGAUGCCGGAUAAGAUCGUCGUCGCCAACUGCGGUGAUUCCCGCGCUGUCUCGUGUCGGAACGGCGUAGCUCUUCCCCUCUCCGACGAUCACAAGCCGGAUCGACCCGAUGAACUGCUCCGAAUUGAAGAAGCGGGCGGCCGAGUAAUUUACUGGGAUGGCCCUCGAGUUCUUGGUGUUUUAGCCAUGUCUAGAGCGAUUGGUGAUAAUUAUUUAAAGCCGUUCGUUAUACCGGAGCCUGAGGUGACAAUAACGGAGAGAACUAGCGAAGAUGAAUGUUUAAUAUUGGGGAGCGAUGGGUUAUGGGACGUGGUGACAAACGAUACAGCUUGCAGGGUGGCGCGUAUGUGUUUACGCGCUCAAAAGCCAGCAUCACCACUGAUGUCACACGGAAAUGAGGCGGCCAUUCGGGGUGGUGGUGGCGGAUCCGAGAGUUACGACAAGGCGUGUUGGGAUGCUUCCAUUUUGUUAACCAAAUUGGCCUUGGUUAGAUAUAGCACCGAUAACGUUAGUGUUGUGGUGGUUGAUUUGAAGAAACAUCAACGGCUUUGAUUAAAAAGUAAAUAAAUAAAUAAAUAGAAUUUUGGAGACCGAUACUUUUAGCUUA